UCCGCGUCGACACCGCCUUCCUGACCCGCCCCUCCUUCCUGGAGCCACAGCCGAGGCGGCGGCGGCGGCGGCAGCGGGGGACGGCGAGUGGCCCGCGCGACACACGCCGGCCCCGACCCUAUGCAGUGAUUCGCGCGGCGCAGCGCCUCCUGUCCUGCCGGCGGGCCCGGGCUUCCCGCUGCGGGAUGUUCUCCCGAAAGAGCCACGGGGAUGUGAAGAAAUCCAUCCAGAAGGUGCUGGACCCGAAGAAGGACGUGCUGACCCGCCUGAAGCACCUGCGGGCGCUGCUGGAUAACGUGGAUGUGAGUGAUCUGAAGCAGUUUUUUGAGGCCAACUAUUCUCAGAUAUAUUUCAUCUUCUAUGAAAGUUUUAUAACACUGGAAAAUAGUUUGAAAUUAAAAGGGAAUAAUAAGUCACAAAGGGAGGAGCUGGACUCUAUCCUGUUUCUUUUUGAAAAAAUACUGCAAUUUCUACCUGAACGGAUUUUCUUUCGAUGGCAUUACCAGAGUAUAGGCUCAACUUUAAAGAAGCUUCUACACACUGGAAAUUCUACUAAGAUAAGAUGUGAAGGCAUCAGGCUAUUUCUUUUAUGGCUUCAAGCACUUCAGACACACUGUGCAGAAGAGCAGGUGCUGAUUUUUGCCUGCCUGGUGCCUGGUUUCCCAGCAGUUAUGUCCUCCAGGGGGCCCUGCACGCUGGAGACGCUCAUCAACCCCAGCCCCAGUGUAGCUGAUGCCAAAGUAUAUCCAGAAGAAAUCACGCCACUCUUGCCGGCCAUUUCCGGGGAGAAGAUUGCUGAGGACCAAACCUGCUUUUUUCUGCAAAUACUUUUGAAGUAUAUGGUUAUUCAGGCUGCAAGCUUGGAGUGGAAGAAUAAGGAGAAUCAAGAUACUGGUUUUAAAUUUCUUUUUACAUUAUUUCGAAAGUAUUAUCUUCCUCAUUUAUUUCCAUCAUUUACUAAGUUAACAAACAUCUACAAACCUGUGCUUGACAUCCCCCACUUGAGACCAAAGCCAGUGUAUGUUACUACAAUUCGAGACAAUGAAAAUAUUUACAGCACAAAAAUUCCUUACAUGGCAGCUCGUGUGGUUUUUAUUAAGUGGAUUGUGACGUUCUUUUCGGAGAAAAAGUAUCUAACUACAUCACAAAGCACUAAAAAUGGAGUUGAUGUGUUGCCUAAGAUCAUCCAGUCUGUCGGAGGUGGGGUCCCGCAAGAGAGGGCACCAGAACUGGAUGGUGCUGGGUCCCCUGAGCAGGACAAAAGCCAUUCCAAUAGCAGCACCUUGUCUGACCGAAGACUCAGCAGCUCAAGCCUGUGCAGCAUUGAGGAAGAGCACCGGGCGGUGUACGAGAUGGUGCAGCGGAUCCUCCUGUCCACGCGGGGUUAUGUGAAUUUCGUGAACGAAGUGUUUCACCAGGCAUUUUUGUUGCCUUCCUGUGAGAUAGCUGUAACAAGAAAAGUCGUUCAGGUGUACAGAAAGUGGAUCCUCCAAGACAAACCUGUCUUCAUGGAGGAACCAGAUAAAAAAGAUGUUGCCCAAGAAGAUGAAGAAAAAUUAGGAUUUUCAGAGACUGAUAGCAAGGAGGUCUCAUCUGAAAGUUCUGGUCAUAAGCGAUCUUCCAGUUGGGGACGCACGUACUCUUUCACUAGUGCAGUGAGCAGAGGGUGUGUGACAGAGGAGGACAACCCCAACGUGAAAGCCGGGGCCCAGGCUCUGCUGCAGGUAUUUUUGACGAACUCUGCGAAUGUCUUUUUGUUGGAACCAUGUGCUGAAGUUCCUGUGCUCUUGAAAGAACAAGUUGAUGCUUGUAAAGCUGUUUUGAUUAUUUUUAGGCGCAUGAUAAUGGAUCUUACAAUGAAUAAAAAGACAUGGGAACAGAUGUUGCAAAUACUACUCAGGAUAACAGAAGCUGUCAUGCAGAAGCCGAAGGAUAAACAAAUAAAGGACUUGUUUGCCCAGAGCUUGGCAGGGUUACUAUUUAGGACACUCAUUGUGGCUUGGAUCCGUGCAAACCUCUUUGUGUACAUUUCUCGAGAGCUCUGGGAUGACUUUCUCGGCGUGCUGUCCUCCCUUACCGAGUGGGAGGAGCUCAUCAGCGAGUGGGCCAGCAUCAUGGACUCCUUGACAGCAGUACUCGCAAGAACGGUCUACGGUGUAGAGUUGACAAACCUACCUCUGGAUAAAUUAAGUGAACAAAAAGAGAAGAAGCAGCGAGGCAAAGGCUGUGUUCUAGAUCCUCAGAAGGGAGCCACCGUGGGGAGGUCCUUUUCUCUCAGCUGGAGGAGCCACCCGGAUGUGACGGAGCCCAUGCGGUUUAGGAGCGCCACCACUUCCGGGGCACCGGGAGUUGAGAAGGCAAGAAAUACCGUUCGCCAAAAAGCAACUGCUAAGCGAAGCCAGUCUAUCAGCAACUGUGUCCACCUUUCUGAGGCUCUGCCUGCCACUAAAAGCGCCCCGCUCCUGCCCCACACCGCGAGCGCUCUCUUGCCCGGCCUCUCUUACUCUCCCUGCCCUUCCAGGCUGGCAGAAGUGGAAGAGAGCCAGCAGUCAGAGCAGGCUCCUGCAGCUGGGCUGGGCCACCUCGUGCUGGGACAGCAGCAGGUGCUUCGGAGCAGUAGCGCCUCUGACAUCUCGGAGCCGCUGUGCUCAGAGCCGCCUCAGGGUCAAAAGGUAGAAAAUGUACAGAAUUUGAGUUCUUCAGAGCCGAAGUCUGUUCAGGAGAACAAAGGACACAUAAAAAGAGAGCACGAAGGACAGAUUUUAGUUGGAAGCAGCAGCAGCCCUGCUGAGCUGGAUUUGAAGGAUGAUUUGCAGCAGAUGCAGGGAGGAUGUAGGGAAAGACAGAGGGGUGAAAGUACCAGCAGUGACACGGCCCUGGGCUGUAGCAGCGAGGCAGAGCUGUCCACAAGCCCAUGGCAGGCCUGUGAGGAAGACCCGGAGCUGAACACUCCCACCGAGGUUCUGGCUGACUCAGAUGCCCGCCAGUGGUUGCAGCUGAGUCCCACUGAUGUUUCACACUUAACAGACAGCAGUGAAUGCCUGGCAGAUGACUGCAGCAUAAUCUCUGGAGGGAGCCUGGCUGGCUGGUACCCAGACUCCGCUGCCGUGCUAUGGCGCAGAGUCCUGGGAAUCCUGGGAGACGUGAAUAAUAUCCAGUCACCCAAGAUCCAUGCCAAAGUUUUUGGUUAUCUCUAUGAACUCUGGUACAAACUAGCAAAGAUACGGGACAAUCUUGCAAUAAGUCUGGAUAACCAGUCUUCCCCGUCUCCUCCACUCUUGGUCCCACCACUCAGAAUGUUUGCAUCAUGGCUAUUUAAGGCAACAACAUUGCCAAAUGAGUAUAAGGAAGGCAAGCUGCAAGCCUACAGGCUGAUCUGUGCCAUGAUGACCAGACGCCAGGACGUUCUGCCAAACUCAGAUUUCCUGGUGCAUUUUUACCUUGUGAUGCACUUGGGAUUAACCAGCGAGGAUCAGGAUAUCUUAAAUACCAUCAUAAGGCACUGUCCACCCCGCUUUUUCUCCCUGGGUUUGCCUGGCUCCUCGAUGCUGGUGGGGGACUUCAUCACAGCCGCUGCCAGGGUCCUCAGUACAGACAUGCUGACGGCACCUCGUUCAGAAGCUCUCACUAUUCUGGGUUCUCUUGUCUGCUUUCCAAAUACCUACCGGGAGAUCCCUUUACUGCAGUCAGCGCCGGAGAAGAAUGAGAUUGUUACGGGAACGGAAGAUGUCAAGCUUUACCUCAUAAAUAUUUUGCUGAAGAAUGCCACAGAGGAACCAAAUGAAAGCGCAAGAUGUAUUUCCGUCUGCUCCCUUGGCGUCUGGAUAUGCGAAGAGCUUGCCCAGUGCACACGCCACCCUCAGGUGAAGGAGGCCAUCAAUGUGAUAGGCGUGACUCUGAAGUUUCCUAACAAAACCGUGGCCCAGGUGGCCUGUGACGUUCUUCAGUUACUGGUCUCCUACUGGGAAAAGCUUCAGACAUUUGAAAACUCUCUGCCUCGGAAAAUGGCAGAAAUCCUCGUGGCCACGGUCGCUUUUCUUCUGCCAAGCGCAGAGUACUCCUCAGUGGAAACAGACAAGAAGUUCAUCGUCUCCUUGCUCCUCUGCCUCCUGGACUGGUGCAUGGCAUUGCCAGUGAAUGCCCUUCUCCACCCGGUGUCUACAGUGGUCCUGGAGGAGCAGCACUCAGCCAGAGCCCCCCUGCUGGACUAUAUCUACAGGGUCCUUCACUGCUGUGUUUGUGGCUCAAGCACAUACACCCAACUGAGUCACUACACACUGACCCUGGCUGACCUGUCAUCCACGGAUUACGACCCCUUCCUGCCACUGGCAAAUGUGAAGAGUUCUGAGCCCAUCCAGUGUCAGUCAUCAGCUGAGCUGGGUAACCUGCUCACUGUUGAAGAGGAGAAGAAGAGGAGAAGCUUGGAGCUGAUCCCGCUGACUGCCCGGAUGGUGAUGGCCCACCUGGUGAACCACCUGGGGCAUUACCCGCUCAGCGGGGGCCCUGCCGUGCUGCACAGCCUUGUCAGUGAGAACCACGACAAUGCCCACGUGGAGGGCUCCGAGCUGUCCUCCGAGGUGUUCAGGAGCCCAAACCUGCAGCUGUUUGUCUUUAAUGACAGCACCCUUAUCUCCUACCUUCAGACACCCAUGGAGGGGCCUGUGGGCGGAUCCCCAGUGGGUGCCCUCUCUGAUGUGAGAGUGAUCGUGCGGGAUAUCUCUGGGAAGUACUCUUGGGAUGGUAAGGUUUUAUAUGGACCUUUGGAGGGGUGCUUAGCACCCAGUGAGAGAAAUCCUUCCUUUCUGAUUUCGGGCUGGCAUCAUCACACGUUUGGACCUCAGAAGGAUUUUUCUCAAAUUGAGGAGGGAGAUGAUGUCCUUGACAAAUUACUUGAGAACAUUGGCCACACAAGUCCUGAAUGCCUUUUACCAUCACAACUAAAUCUGAAUGAGCCUUCCCCACCUCCCUGUGGAAUGAACUGUGACCAAGAGAAGGAAAUUAUUGAGGUUAUUUUGCGCCAAAGUGCUCAGGAAGACGAGUAUGUCCAGAGGUGUAACUCUGAUUCUGCAAUGAAGGUCACUAGCCAAGGGCAGCCCUCGCCAGUGGAACCCCGAGGACCCUUUUAUUUCUGUAGGUUGUUGCUUGAUGACUUGGGAAUGAAUUCUUGGGAUAGAAGGAAGAAUUUUCAUCUGUUGAAGAAAAAUUCAAAAUUACUGAGAGAGCUAAAAAAUCUGGACUCCCGUCAGUGCCGUGAGACACAUAAAAUCGCAGUGUUUUAUAUCGCUGAAGGUCAAGAAGACAAGUGCUCGAUCCUGUCCAAUGAACGAGGCAGCCAGGCCUAUGAGGACUUCGUGGCGGGUCUCGGGUGGGAGGUGGAUCUCUCAACCCACUGCGGCUUCAUGGGUGGCCUCCAGCGCAACGGCAGCACCGGGCAGACCGCCCCUUACUAUGCUACCUCGACCGUGGAAGUGAUUUUCCACGUUUCUACUCGGAUGCCUUCAGACUCAGAUGAUUCACUCACCAAAAAGCUCCGUCACUUGGGGAAUGACGAGGUCCACAUUGUCUGGUCUGAACACUCCAGGGAUUACCGCAGAGGGAUCAUCCCAACUGCCUUUGGAGACGUUUCCAUCAUUAUUUACCCAAUGAAGAAUCACAUGUUCUUUAUCGCGAUUACGAAGAAACCUGAGGUUCCAUUUUUUGGGCCUCUGUUCGAUGGGGCCAUAGUGAGCGGGAAGCUGCUGCCGAGCCUCAUCUGUGCUACGUGCAUCAACGCCAGCAGGGCUGUGAAGUGCCUCAUCCCCCUCUACCAGAGCUUCUAUGAAGAACGAGCUCUGUACCUCGAAGCAAUAAUUCAGAACCACCGUGAAGUAAUGACAUUUGAGGACUUCGCAGCCCAGGUCUUUUCUCCCUCUCCCAGCUACGCACUCGGUGGAAUGGAUUAAAAUACUCAAAGGUCUCAUCACAACAUCUGAGCAAGGGACCUCUGCCUGAGUGCCCACCUCGAGGAGCCCCUGGGUGAGGAGGCGACAGAUCAGACCCUCCUGCCCCUGCCCAAACCCGUGAACCCGGAGACUCCAGGAGAUGCCUUUGCUGCCCUGGGGCCCUCAGCGAGUCUUCCCAGCAGUGGGCUUCUGAAGUCAAAGCUGAUUUCCACUCAAGUGUUACAGGGGAAACUUCCAAACAAGGCUGCAUCACCUUGUCCUUCAGCUUCCAAAGAAAAUAGAAAAAGUUACCAGUAACCAGAGACAAACCACUGUCACACGGGAAAAGAUUCUGAGCUUUCAGGGAAGUAGAGAGGAGUUGAUUUCUGUACCCCAAGUUGUCUUUUCUUGUUUAUACAUCUAAGUAUGAUUCACAGAGAGGCUGGCAGACAACUGCUUGAUUUUUUUUUUUUUUUUUUUUUUUUUUUUUUGGUUUGGAGAAUUUUCUCUGCAUUGAUUUUGCUGCUUAUCCUCUAAUGUUAGGAUUUAUGGUUUACUCAAAAAUUUCAUCAUCAUGGAAAUUGGCUUUCCCCAGGGUCCUCUGCCUGGGAGAAACCACACUUCAGAUGUUGAGUGUUUCCCACCUGCCGCCUACAGAGAAGAGGUUCUCCUGACCACCCAGAGGCCCUACAGGGCAAAACAGUGACAGUUCCAUCCCAGAACACCCAGAUGAUUCCAGAAAACAAGGUCCUGUCCUUGCAAGAGUUCUUGCAGGACAGGAAGUGUCCCCAAGGCUCAACAGCACCACCACAACAUGAAGGGCGUGCCCAGCCUCGGCCAUGGGGCUGCAGUGGACACCGCGGGUCUCCUUAUGCCUCCAGAAGCUUCACCCUGCAGUUUUGCUCCCAGCUAUUGCUCGGAGAGGCCAAAACAAAACAUUUCUUGUCACACAAAGCUUUAGGAAAACAAUUCCAUACAAGGGAUUCAAUCCUUAUUUUUUACCCAUUUGACUCCAAGGAAGGCACAUUGGGCCUGUUUUUUUAAAAUCAGAAGGAAAGAAGGAAGAAGGACUGACAAGCCCUGGCUUUUGUCUGGCCUUGCCCAGCUCCCUUUGCUGGGGUUUCUGGGUGGACUCUACCCGCCUAGCCGCAGAGAAAUCAGCCAGCUGGGAAGGGCUGUUUGGCACAAACCGCCUGCUUCUCUCCUGGCCCCUGCCUGGUCUCAGAGCUGGAGGUUUGCUCCCUCCCAGCUGUGCCUCAGAGGGAAACCCAGGAAGCUCACCAGAGCCCAUCCCCACAGCACAGGCUUUGUUCUGUGAGACAAUUUCCUCACACACGUGUCCCGAGAACAGGGAACAGCAUGUAAAACAUAGCCACUAUCUAACGCUUAUGCUGAGAGGCCUUCCCGUCUCCCUCUGCCCCCUGCCCUUGCACACACUGCAUGUGACCCCAGCCCACGUGGUCACUGAGGGUCUGGAGAAGCCCCUGAGCCCGCCCACCCCAUCAAGCCGCCGUGUUCACAGUGGAGCGGUUUGCUCUGUCAGUCUCGGAGUUGGUCUGGCAGGUGGCUUGGCCUUAACUGAGAAGGACUGAGACGGCCGUUCCUAUCAGAGGGUAGACCUUCGAAUUCUAGAGAGAAUUUAUUUUUCUGCUUUAGGGGGAGUUACAGGUAGGCUUCGAGGUGCCCUGGACAGAAGCAGCUUGAGAACUGUCUGAAAGUAAGAGAAUGAGGUGUUCUGAAGCCAAAUUGAGCUCUGUCACUUUGGGCUGCUUUGUGCGGGGCCCACGUCCUCUCUCACUGGGGUUAAUGGUAAUAUAAGGGUUGCUACGAGUCAUGGCAUUUUCUGUGGUGUCAGCAAAUGCUAUGAUUCUUCUCCCCGUCCCUCCUUCUUAAUGAUUUGAGCUCUCUGGUCGCAAUUUGGCCAGUGUCACUCAUACCCCAGGCAGGUCUUGAGCUGCUUCAGUUAUGUUUACAAAGUACCCAGAGCCUCGUUUCUGCAGGGAAGCACCCGGCCUGUCCUGGGCUCCAGAGUCCCCCGGAGGUCUCUGGCAGCAAGGAGCUGCUGGGAGAAUUACAUCUUCAGGAUUACCCCUGUUACAGAAGUCCUGGCUUUCGCAGAAGAGACGUGUUAGGAUGGGGAGGUCCCAGUUAACUCUUGUGGAUUUCUGCUCCCGUGUACCAGCGGUGCUGACUUUAGCAAAUAACUCUGCCUUCAGAUAACCCCUGAUAACGUUAACAACCCCAUGACACCAGGUCACAGCCAACAGUUUUCGACUGAGGUUGUUUUUGAGUCCCCUGGUCUGGAGAUCUGGAACAGGGCAGCAGGGAAUCUAGCAACUGCUUUUGCUUGAGAUGCGUGGACUUGAGUCAUUUUUGUUAUCUGGGGUGGAAAAUCGAAAUGAUUAAGUUUUUUUCUUAGAAAAGUAAAUAUGUAUUUUUGGAAUAAAUGCCUUUCAGCAAAAUUGUGGAGGGUCAUUGGUUCAGUAGGGACCCACCGUAGGUGCUGCUGACUCCUCAGGUUACUAUCACUAGGUCAGCCAUCUGUAAAUCAAAGUGGCCCUAAUUGCCCCAAAUGUGAUAAGACUCAUGGGCCUCGGGCAGGGCCAGGCCAGUUCCCUCUGUCUCUGCACAGGGUUUCUAGAUUUCCAUGCUGAUGUUUAUGGGCUCCACUGGGUAGGUUUAUAUAUUUAAAAAAUUAUUAAUUUCACAAAACAAUGACUUUUUUUUUUUUUUUUGAGACAGAGUCUCACUUUAUCACCCUUGGUAGAGUGUCAUGGUGUCACAGCUCACAGCAACCUCCAACUCCUAGGCUUAGAUUCUCUUGCCUCAGCCUCCCAAGUAGCUGGGACUACAGGUGCCCACUACAAUGCCCAGCUAUUUUUUUGUUGUUGUUGUUGUUGUUGCAGUUUGGCCAAGGCCGGGUUCAAAUCCACCACCCUCAGUAUAUGGGACCAGCGCCCUACCCACUGAGCCACAGGCGCCGCCCGCAAAACAAUGACUUUAAAAACAGUCAAGCCUUCAGCAAACAAAUAAGAAAAUCCAGCCCGGGUGAAUGAGUGUCACCAGAGUCUUCCGUUACUUAUCUGCAGCCUCUGAGCACCAGGUUGUGGGGGAUGGGAGUGACCCUUGACUUAUGAUGUGAGUUUUUGCUGGGACCCUUAGCCUUAAGAUGAGAUCGCACAGAUCCACGGAGCCACAUGGUCCGGUCGUCCUGACCCUCAGCUGCCUGUGCUUCGCUGACUGACAAGCCCUUUACACUUAGUGUGAUGUCUACACGUAACUGCAUCUACCCAAGGGGACUGACCACAUCUGGAGGGAAGCUCGACGUGAAACCACCAUUUCAGUUGCCCUCACAUCUGUCUGUGGCAUACACCUCAAGUGAAUGUUCUGUUUUCAGGUCUAUAAUGUUAGUACAUGUAAAUAAGGAGGAAAAUUGAUGAAUAUGGUAAAUUAAGUUAUAGUGUGUCAUUUGAUUCUCUUUUGAGAAUUUUGCUGUCUCUUAUUUAAUUUUCCUAAAAUCAGGGAAUUCUCCCCAUCUAGGUUCGUUCUUGGGUGGUAGAGCCCUACCCCGCCUCCGCAGGUGUGUGCGUGAGCACCAGGGCACAUCCCGGCACAGGCGCCACACACAGCUCCACUCAGGCCGCCCUGGCUCCCUGCUUAACCUUCCUCUGCUCCUAACUCUGAUUUACUGUGAUGAUGUAAUAAAGGGGAAACAGCACUGAGGUGGUACGUUUCUUUCAUUUUCAUUAUAGUUGGUAGGAAAAUAACGUAUAUCCUGACAUCUCAUAAAAAAGUGGUUUGCAUUUUUCUUGCACAAAGUUGUUCAAAAGCAUUUUUUAACCAAAGCCUAAAAAUGUAUCCAAAAUGGUAGCUUUUGCCAAUCCUGAGAAGUUUAUAAAGGUGUCUGUGUAACAGACCUCUCUGUUCCUCACAUGGAAUGCUCAGAUCCGAUCACAAGAGGAUCUGCGUCCAAGCAUCAUCCUUCUCAUCUACUGAAGUCCAUUGCUGCCUGCCUCUGUGAUCGCCAUCAAUGGGCUGUGCCGCCUUACCCUUACCCCCGGGGCAGCCAGUGUACCAGCCGCCCUUCUGGUGGUCUGGAGUCCCUGUGCCCCAUGAGCAGGAGGCAGACUCUGCGGGUUUGUCUCUAUGAAUAAGUGACAGGGAAAAUGGAAUAAUGGCCAAAGCCAGGUUGAUGGCCCAGCCUCAGACUCCAGCUGUCACGUGAUGGCUUGGCCAGGUGGCUCUGCCAGUGUCCUGGGUUACCGGCAGGUGCUGGACAACAGUGGUCUCUCAGGACAUCGCACAACUAAGUCCGUAGGACUCAUCCAUUUGCCCAUUUAGCAACUAAUGUGUUGACUACCUGUUGCUUGAACUCUGUGGCCUCAGAUGGGCCAACAUACUUUCCUGGAGUGUGAAGCAGAGCCUGAAUUGAUUUGGCCUCUUUUUUCUUUUUUAGCUUUUGACUGAUAGCAAGAACUUGCUUAAAGUUGUGUCUUUUUUUUUUUUUUUUGUUUUGUGAGGCAGUCUCAAGCUGUCACCCUGGGUAGAGUGCCAUGGCUUCAUAGCUCACAGCAACCUCCAACUCUUGGGCUCAAGCAAUCCUCUUGCCCCAGUUUUUCUAUUUUUAGUAGAGGAGGGAGUCUCACUUUUGCUCAGGCUGUUCUCAAACUCCUGAGCUCAAGCAACCCACCCCCCUGGGCCUCCCAGAGUAUUAGGAUUGCAGCCUUGAACUGCCACAUCCAGCCUCUGUCAUGCUUUUAAUCAGGGGUCCUCAAACUUUUUAAACAGGGGGCCAGUUCACCGUCCCUCAGACCGUUGGAGGGCCGGACUAUAGUUUAAAAAAAAAAAAAAACUGAACAAAUUCCUAUGCGCACUGCACAUAUCUUAUUUUGAAGUAAAAAAACAAAAUGGGAACAAAUACAAUAUUUAAAAUGAAGAACAAGUAAAGUUAAAUCAACAAACUUACCAGUAUUUCAAUGGGAACUAUGGGCCUGCUUUUGGCUAAUGAGAUGGUCAAUGUCCAGCUCCAUAUUUGUCACUGCUAGUCGUAACAAGUGAUACAAGUGUGCAUCGGUUAGUCUAGAUCUGGUUGGAGAUUUCAGAUGUUUCAUUCUGGAAAAAGUCUGUUCACAGACAUAAGUGCUGCCAAAGAUGGUUGCCAUUUUGAGUGCAUGGUUCCUGAGAUUAGGGUAUGUCUCAGAGGAGAGAGAUGCAUAGAAAUUAGGAAUGCUGCUCGACUUGAAUGCGUCUUUCAGAGAGUCAUAAUUCUGCAGUUCAGCCAGUUCCAUUUGGUAAGUUGUAUCCACAUUUUCAAUGUCAACAGAAAAUGGGUUACAGAAAAGCUGUAUGUCCUGUUCAUGGAGCUGAAGCUCUUUAAAUCUAAAUUGGAAAUCCUUUUGCAACUUUUCCAGUGAAUCCACACAUAUUUUGUUUGGGAAUGCAACCAAUGGAUUUUCCGCUAACAGAUUUUGAAUUGUGGGGAGAUGGCAGAAAUUUUCCUCCUUCACUUGUUUGAUGAGGAGGCCUAAUUUUACUUCAGAUGCUUUCACAUGUGAUUGCAUAGCACAGAUGAGCUUCCCCUUUCCUUGAAGUUGCACACUGAAACUGUUGAGUAGCUCUGUUACAUCUGUCAGAAAGGCAAGGUGCCAUUUCCAUUCUGCAUCAUUGAGCUCUGGUACUUCUUUGUUUUUUGAAAGCAGAAAAGCUUAAUCUGUGGAAAUAAGUCAUAGAAAUGUUUCAAAACUCUCCCUCGACUCAGCCAACGGACUUCUGUGUGGUACAGAACAUCUUCAUAGGCAGCAUUUAGCUCAGACAGAAAUUCCUGAAAUUGUCUGUGUUUAGUGCAUUACCUCUAAUAAAGUUAACAGAAGAUACCACAAUUUUCAUAACACAGUCCCAUUUCAGUGAUUUACUACACGGCGCUUGGUGGAUGAGGCAGUGUAUGGCUAUUGGAUGAGAAUGGUUAUGUUUGUCCAUCUCUUGGUUAAUGCGAGCAAUUACUCCUUUCUUAGACCCCACCAUGCUAGGAGCACCAUCAGUUGUCACACUGGCUAGUUUUGCCCAGUCCAGCUCCAAACUAUUCACAGUUUGGCAAACCUUUUCAUUGAUAUCCUAUCCUGUAGUUGUUCCUUUGAUGCUUUACAGUGCAGCAAGCUCUUCUGCAACUUUGAAAUAGUCAUUCGUUCCACGAAUAAAAAUUAGAAGUUGUGCAGAAUCACGAACAUCAUUACUUUCAUCAAGUGCCAAGGAAAAAUAGGAAAGUUUUUUUGUGGAGUUUUGAAAAUGCUGAUGCAAAUUGUCUCCCAUUUCUUCAAUCCUUCAUGUAAUUGAGGGUCCUGAAAGACUCACUGUACUAAAUAAAUCGGCCUUCUCUGGACACAUCUCUUUGGCAACAGAAAGAAGGCAUUCUUUAACAAAUUCUCCCAACACGAAUGGUCUGCCAGUGCACGCUAUUAGCUUGGCAACUUGAAAACUUGCUCGCAGUGAUGAAGUAUUUAGCUGUUUCUGCUUCACAAAAGUAUCUUGCUGAGUUGUCAAUGUAUAUUUCAGUUUUAAUAUUUUAUCUUUUCUCACUUCUCCAACCAAACAAUCAUAUUUAUCUUUAUGUUGAGUUUGGUAGUGUUGACGCAAAUUGUAUUCUUUGAACACAGACACUAUAUUCUGGCAUAUCAAACACACAGCUCUUUCCUUGUACUGCAUGAAAAAGUAAUCAUAAGUCCACUGUUCUUUGAAUAUUCUAUACUCCGAGUCAAUUUUUCUCUUUCUUGAUAUCA